AUGGCAUGCAGGCAGAGAGGAGACAGCGGGAGACCCUCAAGCUGGUUCCAUGCAGACUGGAGGUCAUUUUUUCUAUGCUUCACCCUUUUGGCUUCGGUGAACUCAAUAGAUGUUAAUCAGUUGGUGGAUCCUGCCUUCCCAGGUACUGUCACUUGCUAUGAAAAUAGAAUGGUAGUGGAGUUCAAAAGAACUCUUGGCAACAAGAUUCAGCAUGCAUCUGUGGUGGAUUCCCUUGGUCUUAAAAUGCUGAACUGCACUUAUGUUCUGGACCCUGAAAAGCUCACCCUGAAGGCCCCAUAUGAAAACUGUACCAAAAGAGUGCUUGGCCAACACCAGAUGACCAUCACAUUCAUGAAUGACAAUGCUGCCCAUAGACAAGGGACUGUCUUGUAUCACGUCAGCUGUCCGGUUAUGCAAGCAGAAAGACAUGAACAGCAUUCGGGAUCCACAAUCUGCUCAAAGGAUUUCAUGUCUUUUACCUUUCACUUUUUUCCUGGCAUGGCUGAUGACACUGCGGGUCCCAAACCUCAGAUGGGAUGGACCAUUACAGUUGGUGAUGGUGAAAGAGCCCAAAAUCUGACCCUUCAAGAGGCCCUGAUGCAAGGAUAUAAUCUCCUGAUUGAGAACCAGAAGAUGAGCAUCCAAGUGUUAUUCCAUGCCACUGGAGUGACUCACUACUCGCAAGGUAACAGCCAUCUCUACAUGGUGCCUCUGAAGCUCACGCAUGUGUCUCCUGGGCAGACGAUCAUCUUAUCAUCAAGACUCAUUUGUGUGUCAGAUCCUGUGACCUGUAAUGCCACACACAUGACUCUCACCAUACCAGAAUUUCCUGGGAAGUUAAAAUCCGUGAGCUUUGAAAAUAAGAAUAUUGCUGUGAACCAGUUGCACAACAGCGGGAUUGUUAUGGAAGUAGCAAAUGGCCUCAGGUUGCAUUUCAGCAAAACUCUCCUCAAAACGAAAUUCUCUGAAAAAUGCCUACCCUAUCAGUUCUACUUAUCUUCACUGAAGCUGACGUUUUAUACCCAACUGGAGAUGGUAUCCAUGGUGAUUUAUCCUGAGUGUGUCUGCGAGUCCACAGUUUCUAUAGUUUCAGGGAAGCUGUGUACUCAAGAUGGGUUUAUGGACGUCAAGGUCUACCGCCAUCAAACAAAACCAGCUCUCAACUUGGACACUAUUAGGGUGGGAGACUCCUCCUGCCAGCCAAUCUUUAAAGCUCCAUUUCAAGGACUGGUGAAGUUUCACAUACCCCUGAAUGGAUGUGGAACAAGACGUAAGUUUGAGAAUGACAAAGUCAUCUAUGAAAAUGAAAUACAUGCUCUCUGGGCGGAUCUUCCUCCAAGCACAAUUUCCAGAGAUAGUGAAUUCAGAAUGACGGUGAGGUGCUAUUAUAGCAGCAGUAACAUGCUAAUAAAUACCAACGUCGAAAGCCUUCCUCCUCCAGUAGCCUCAGUGAAGCCAGGUCCACUUGCCUUGACCCUACAAACCUACCCAGAUAAUUCCUACCUGCGACCAUAUGGGGACAAGGACUACCCUGUGGUGAGAUACCUCCGCCAACCAAUUUACUUAGAAGUGAGAGUCCUAAAUAGGACUGACCCCAACAUCAAGUUGGUCUUAGAUGAUUGCUGGGCAACAUCCACCAUGGACCCAGCCUCUCUCCCUCAGUGGAAUAUUAUCGUGGAUGGCUGUGAAUACAACUUGGACAACCACAGAACCACCUUCCAUCCUGUUGGCUCCUCAGUGGCCUAUCCUAAUCACUAUCAGAGGUUUGAUGUGAAGACCUUUGCCUUUGUGUCAGAGGCCCCAGUUUUCUCUCACUUGGUCUACUUCCACUGCAGCGCCUUAAUCUGCAAUCAACUGUCCUCUAACUUCCCCCUGUGUUCUGCGUCUUGCCUUGGGUCAUCCAGAAGCAGGCGAGCCACAGGGGCCACUGAGGAAGAGAAGAUGAUAGUGAGUCUCCCAGGCCCCAUCCUUCUGUUGUCAGAUGGCUCUUCAUUCAGAGAUGCUGUGGAUUCUAAAGGGCAUGGGACUACUGGAUAUGUUGCUUUUAAAACUGUGGUUGCUGUAGUUGUCUUAGCAGGUGUUGUGGCAACUCUAAGCCUAAUCAGCUACCUGCGCAAGAAAAGAAUCACCAUGCUAAACCACUAA